CCCUCCACUAUUUUACUCAUCAAAACACAAAACAAAAGAAAGCCAAAAACAUAAAUAUUAUACCCAAACAAAGCAAAGCCAAAAAAAGAACAAUAUGAAUCCAAACAUACUUUUCAUGACCAUUUUCCUUAUCAUCUUAUCCCAAACUAACUCUGUUCCAAUUCCAAACACAAACGUUUUCACAGAAUACAUAGGAGCAGAAUUCAACAACGUUAAAUUCUCAGACGUACCAAUCAAUCCAACCCUCCAAUUUCACUUCCUUCUCUCCUUCGCCAUAGAUUAUGACACGUCAUCAGGCUCAACCCCAACCAAUGGCAAAUUCAACGUCUUUUGGGACUCAAACAAUCUCUCCCCAUCUCAAGUCUCAGCCAUCAAAAAAGCCAAUCCCAACGUCAAAGUAGGCCUAAGCCUCGGUGGCGAUACCGCCCCGAGUGGCAGAUCAGCCUUCUUCAAGCCAUUCUCCAUUGAUUCUUGGGUGUCCAAUGCAGUCAAAACUCUCACUCAAAUCAUCCAACAAUACAACCUCGACGGAAUCGAUAUCGAUUACGAGCAUUUCAGCUCAGACACUCAUACUUUCACCGAGUGCAUCGGACGCUUAAUAAAGACUUUGAAGAACAACAAUGUGAUCUCCUUUGCUUCCAUUGCUCCCUUUGAUGAUGACCAAGUACAGAGCCAUUACCAGGCUUUGUGGAAUAAAUAUGGGGAUUUGAUUGACUAUGUGAAUUUCCAAUUCUAUGCUUAUGAUAAGGGAACUACUGUGUCUCAGUUCAUUGAUUAUUUCAAUACUCAAAGCUCUAACUAUCAUGGUGGGAAGGUUUUGACAAGCUUUAUUAGUGAUGGGAGUGGUGGUUUGUCGCCGGAGAAUGGGUUUUUCAAGGCUUGUGAUCAGCUGAAACAACAGGGAAAGCUUCAUGGAAUCUUUAUUUGGUCUGCUGAUGAUUCUAAGAAGAAUGGUUUUCGUUAUGAGAAGAGAUCACAGUCACUUCUUGCUAAUAAUAAUAAUUAAUAGUAUUAAUCACCUUUCAUUUUAUGUAUAAUAUUAAUAUGUGUGUUUAAGCUUAUUUGGUUUGGAAUUAUAGUCCUGUUAUUGUAAUAUUAAAUUAGUAUGUUUAUCAUUGUCUUUGUUCUCUAUUUUACUUCUAUAUAUACAUUCACUUUUUUGUUAUCAAACUUCAUAAUUGCUA